AUGACGAACACGUCCACAGGUUUCAGUGGUCAAGGUUGUCACCGUGACUAUGGAUGUUAUGGUGAUCCGGAGUGUGGACGUUUAUCGUAUUACAAUCAGAUACGAAUGUUUGGCUGCCGUGGGCGUUGGCAACCGUGCAGUCGCGACUUAGACUGUUGUAACAGAAUGAAAUGUAUCGAGUCGUACUGCUUUGGACCCCUAUAA